AUGUUCUCAAAGAUUUAUGCUAUCUUUGCUCUUGUAGCGUACACUCAAGCUGGAGUAUUCGACCUUGGACAUGGACACCAUGCCACUUCUUACUCUUCCCUUAGCGGAACCCCUAUAGCUCACAAUGCUGAUGCCACAGCUGCAGUCAUGACUAUUGCUCCAGUUGCGCAUUACGCCGCCCCAAUCGGCGGUCACUACGCCGCUCCAGUUGCUGCGUACCACGCCUCCCCAGCUAUACUUAAGACUGUACUUCCAGUAGCUUAUUUUACCGCUCCAGCUAUUGUUAAGACUGUUGCUCCAUCUUAUCAAUACGGAGUUCAAGACGCUGUAACCGGUGAUGUCACGAACCAAGAUGCGACGGAGAUGUUGUCAAGGGACACUACACCUUGGUCCAACCUGAUGGUGUCACUCGUACCGUCCACUGCACCGCUGACUCCCAAAACGGUUUUGAUCGCUGAAGUAGAAUACAAAGAAGAACCAAUCGUACAAAAAGCCGUAGUUGCCAAGACUGUAGUUGCUGUUACCCCAGUAUACAAAGCCUAUCACCAUUAA